CAGACCACUGAGUUUCAGUCCCCGGUAAAUUUCUAUUGAUAAAGAGCAACGAGUCCCUUGACUGUUUUCUGUAGUUCAACAGUUUGACCUUGAUUUAAUUUAGCAAAAGUUAUUCUAGCUUUCGUGUAUUUCUGAAAAGAGCGUUUGUUUUAGCAGCUGUGAAACGCUGCGUGCAUCUCGAGACAGUAGAGACAGAGGAGGGAUGUCGCGCGGUGAGCUGGAAAAGCUGGACCCUGCUGUGUUCCAGAAGCAGUUGCACAAUCUGAGGUUUAGCAUGGAAGAAGAGGGGGAUAGUAAUCUGUGCAUUGACACUGACUCGGACAUGGCAGAGAAGAAGGAUGGUUCUAAGUGUAAAGUCGAAUGGACUCUGGAAGAGGAUGAAAAUCUCAAAAUCCUGAUCAGCAACAUCGGAAAAAAAGAUUGGAAGACCAUUGCCAGUUUCUUACCUGGGCGGACGGAAUUCCAGUGUAUGCACCGCUGGAAAAAGCACCUGGAUCCUGAUCUAGUCAAAGGCUUCUGGUCCCGAGAGGAAGAUGAAAAGAUAGUAGAGCUGGUGGCCAGGUACGGCACCAAACACUGGUCUUUGAUUGCUCGGCACCUGAAGGGGCGGCUGGGGAAACAGUGUCGUGAGCGCUGGCACAACCACCUCGAUCCACUUGUCAAAAAGAGCUCCUGGACCAAUGAAGAAGACCUCAUCAUCUACAAAGCCCACUCCAUUCUCGGGAACCGGUGGGCUGAGAUUGCCAAGCUGCUCCCUGGAAGGACAGACAAUUCGGUGAAAAAUCACUGGAACUGCACCAUCAAACGCAAAGCUGAGUUGGGCUUGUUCAAAGACGAGGCUGACAGUAUUUCCCUUGAUAUUCAACAGUUUGUGAAAGGAGAGGUGGACUUCAAGUGUGAUGUUGUAUUAAACACUGAACCCGUAACUCCUUAUGUGGUCAGGCCGGAGAAAGAGAAGCAGAACGAGCCUCAGAAAGUCAAGCAUAAGACAGCCGUUCCGCUUCCACAGACUUUCGCAUCCAGGAGAGAGUUCUCCUCACCCAGUCGCUCUUUGCCCCCCAGUUCAAGUUCCAGUCCCAGUUCCAGCUCAGGUGCUGCACUAGUAGCUGCACCGGUGGACCAGAAGAAGUUUACGGAUGCAGCGCUGAGGAUGAUUGCUGAAGACAUGUUGCCACUGAGUUUUGUUGAAGGCGCAGGCUUCAGGUCGUUCAUGAGUACCAUCAGCCCUGAAUACAACAAGCUGUCUCAGCGAGUUGUGAGCCUACAGCUCUAUGAUGAUGUGGAGAGAACCAUCAAACCUCAGCUCAUCCGUGACCUUAAAGCCUGCCUUGCCAAAACCAAAGAUGGUAAGAGUGCCAUUCAUGUCACCUUUGACCUCUGGGCAGGGAAUCAAUCCCAUCCAGUGGAGGAGCCCAUCAUCGUUGUGCAGCUCCACUUUGUCACUGAGUCCUGGCAGAUCCGCCGUCCCAUUGUGGCCUUCCGUCACCUCAGCCACAAAAACCUCAGCACCGCUGUGGCCCAGGAGCUUGAAGGUGUGCUGCUGAGCUACGGCAUCUUUCCUCACAGCAUUGGCUACGUCCUCGCCAACCAGGCCAAAGAAGCCUUGGCUGGUAACAACUUGUUCUGCGACUACAAGAUCAUGUGCUCAUCCAACAGGGGAGAACCAGAUGGAGAUGAGAUAGUGGCAUUUCUGUCAGACCAAAUGUGUGAAACAGAGUCCCCGUUUUCAGAGCUGCAGAUCGGCACCAGGACCACCUGUGUGGCCAACAAAUUGCAACUUGUGAUUAAGGAGGCACUGAAGAACUCCAGGGUUGUGGAAAACCUGCUCUUACAGGUCCACAAUGUGGUGGCUUUCUUUAGGAGCAGCACCUAUUGGAGUGAGGUUUUGUUGAAGGAGUACAACGUGUCCCUGUGCCCGUCCUUCAGUAACUGUCGCUGGAACUCCAUGAUGCUAUCGUUGCACCGUAUGGUGCAGGAGUCCGCCUGGAGCGCCAUCAUGACCCUCCUAGCCCAGGCUCGCAUAGAGGCUAAUGAUACAGCCAGCGCCCCGCCUCUGGUCAUGGUGAAGAGGGAACAAGUGAUUGACAUCCUGGGUCUCCUUGAGCCCUUUGGGGAGGCCUUGCAGGUCCUGCAAGGAAGUGGAGUGACCAUCUCUUUCAUCAUACCAUCCCUCGUUGGCCUUGAUAAGACCUUGGAGAGCCUUGUCACCAACUACACCCACUUCAACAAGGCCCUGCGCACAGGCCUCCACACACACUUCCAGUCCCUGAUUCACCAGAAGGACAUGAUACUAGCUGCUGUGCUUGACCCCAGGAUCAAACUCCAGCCAUUUUCUGAUGUUAAACAGGAGGGUGAGACGAGUUUCCUAACACCUACCUCGAAGUAUCAGGCUCGUAGCAUCUUGGAAGCCGCAUUAGGAAGCAUGGAGGCCUCAGCAUCCCCCUCUGUAGAAGCAGAUAAAGACCAGACAAGCAAGGAGCUGAUAAAGGAGCAGAAUGGUGAAGAGGAGAGCCAAGCCACCACGCUGAUGGAGGCAUCUGGUGGCAGCUCAGAUGACAACAACUGCGACAGUGUUGGCGGAAACGACUUCAAGCGCAAGUCCAUCUUUAACUUCCUCCAGCCGCCAGCAAAAACCAUGAAGAUGUCCGAGCCUGAUGUGUACCUAGCAGAACCACUGUGGGAAAGCAACUCCACCGUGUUGUACUGGAAAGCUGCUACUCGGUUCCCCCAGCUCCAGAACCUCGCCAAGCAGCUUCUGGCAGUACCGGCCACCUCAGGGGGCUUCAAUCGGCUGUGCCCAAUGGCAGCGUGUAUUGUAAGAGCCAAGAGGAACCGCUUGCCUCCUCACACCACAGAGAGACUGCUUCUAUACAAAAACUCUUUAAAGACAAAGACUGUUAAAAAGCCCAGUCGGGUUGUUAAACACUGAUAGGUCAAGUGACAGUUGGGUCUGAUUAUUAUGUCCAUCAGUAGUGAUCACCAGAGGCAAAAUAUAUUAAAAGUAUAUUGAAAAAGAGGAGAAUCUGCUCAGAAUAUCUCGUUUGCUGAAAUAACAAGCACAGUGGUAACCAGCAGCCCCCCACCCCCCACCUCUGUGGAUAGUGGGCUUGGAUGACUGCGGUUAUUUAGUUAAAGGAAGCCACUCUUAGCUGAACACAAAUUAGCUGAACUUACUUCCAAAAACGAUAUAUCACUGAAAAUACUUAAAGAAUUUUUCUUUUUUCUUCUAAUUUAUUUGUAUUGGAGCUGCAUCAGUCCAUCUGUAGUGCAAAUGGACUGUGUGUAGGGUCAGCUGGCAGUGAAUUAAAUGAGACUGCACCUUUUCAGCCUUUUGUAAAAGACAUGUUUCUUUAACAAUUUGUGUAUAUUCAUUUUUUAUUGGUCAGUGUUGCAUUAAUGAUGGUGAUGCUUUAUCAGUUUUUACUCUUUAAUAAAUUGUAUUGGUUCAUGGUUGGUCAUUCUGCAUAUCAUUUUGAUAUUACUACACUGGUAAGCUUUUACACCAACUAAAGUUCACAUUGAGUGGCAGCAAUUUAUUGCAGUGAUAAUUGCUUAUAUUGUGCUAAUAAACACUGGCAUGCACUUCGGUCCUUUGACCUCUUGUUUAUCCACAUGGAAAUUUCCAGAGAAUGUACUUGUAUUAAAGAAUAAAGUUAUUUUUC